CACAUGAUCAUGACGUCGCCUACUUGCACAGGAAGAAGCAUUGGCGGCUGACAUUUGUAAACAGUAAUACUUUGAAGGACUUUCGCAAUUUCUCUGGCGGAUAAAUGUGAAGCUCAGGUCAGUUUUAGUGUCGAGGAAAAAGGAAUGAUGUUUUGAAAACAGUACUUACGUGCGUUUACUUUCAGGUAUGCCACAGAAGGAUCCGUGCCAAAGGCAAGCAUGUGCAAUUCAGAAGUGUUUACAAGGUACACUCAAAAAGAAAGUCUUUUUACCAUCUUUUUAAAUUGUUUUGUGGGGAUUUGACCCAGAUAUUGGGCUAACUGUCCUUUUUUCUGCAGCUAACAAAUACGUGGAGAGCAUGUGUGAGGAUGUGAUCAGGGAGAUGCGGCGCUGCUGUGAGACCCACUCUGGAAACUCCAUCUGCUGCUCCGGAUUUAAGGACUCCAAACCCCCAGAGAGCAAGAGCAAUACAUAGCCCUCUGGCUGGGAUUACAGCUAAAUGGACUAAUGCAAAAUAAGCUAAUGGUGUUUUGCACUAAAUGGAGUUGUCCUAUCCUACAAAUGUGAAUAAAGAGGUUCUGAUGUACUUCCACAUAAAACAAGACCACUUCCGAGGGCACAGCCUGAAAACCUAAUGACAGAAAGACUCAAAAGUACCAUGAGCCCUGACACUUUCAUGCUCACAGUGCAGAGUAAUGUGCACAGCCACAACACGGUGUGAAACACAACAAUCUCGGUUAUGAAGUGGGUGAGGCUUGCAGUGUUGAUACCAUCAUAUCUAAAUCUUAUCAUCAACUAUGUGGCACAUGUUUGAACAUGUCAUUAUUGAGCUACUGGAAAUGUUCUGUUGCUGCGUGAAGGCCCACAACAACCAUGGUAAAUACAAGUAAUGAUGUGUAUUUCUCUAACCAUUAUAUCCAUGUAAUAUCCUCAAUUACAAUCCAGCAGAUACUGAAGAUGAGCUUACAUGUCAACAAAAAAGAAAUCCUAAUUGUAUUUUAGUCUUAUUCUUCAUAGAGAAAAUAUUUUGUCUGGUUAGGCAUUGAAUAAAUUUGGGGGUUUCAUGACCAUGAUAACUUUUGUCUAUGUCAUCAACCAGUUAUUGUGACAGAACUUAUUGACGGUUUAUUGCUACCACAGAUGCGAGAUAGGCCUCCUGGAGUCUUUCAUCAUAGAUAUUACAAAGGAUAUUCUGCCCAAAGGGGA